UGUGUGUGUGUGUGUGUGUGUGUGUAAGUAUGAGUCUGGGUUCAGGCACAGCUGGCAUAAUCAUCCUCUAACCUGUUCUGCUCUGGACUUACUUAUGAACUGCCAUCCAAAGUGUAUUUACCUGGCACUGUAUGGACCUUGGUCAAGGUCAGAUAGACUACCAGCUGUGCCAAGCUGCUUGUCUGCUGUGAUCCUCUUUCUCUGUGGCUCUGCUCUGUGUUGACACUGGAUAUUAAAAGCUUCCAUCCUAUUUUUGGGAUAUGUUAAGAUCUGCGUUCCUGGAGAGAAAGGCUGUUUGACCAUCGUCUCACUAUAGCGCAGUGCGCCCUUUGCCAGUUGGCAUACUGGCGUGAAAACUGUGCCAGGGAGCCGCAUGAGAUGCCAAAGCAGGAGAGGAGUAACUCUGGUGUGUUUUGGUGAUAUGAUCCACAGUCCAAUGCACUAUUUGGAUAACUGCCUUUGAAUUUAUGAAAAAAUGUUUGGAAAUGGAAAAUAACCUGAUAUGAUCGUUUUUAUUUCUUUUUUUGGGAAACAAUAGCUAUCUACGUCGGACUCAAAAGUUUCCUCUGCCUUCCAUCCUCCUCUGCAUCUGAAAAUCAAGAGUCCUGCUGGAGGGCGAUGAAAUCGCACUGCCAGGCUUAGGAGCACUCUGCCAGUUCAGAACAUUUAGGAGAAUGUUGAACCUUGUCAUUCGGAAACUGUAACAUCGCAUCAUCUUGAUGUAAAAAAACAAUUAAAAGAAAUAUAAAGGGAAGUGCGCGCUCUCGGCGAAGCGCAGCAUCAGCACCAGCAACCGAUGCGCGUUCCCGACCCGGCAGCGGCUGCCCGAGAUCCCGGGAAGAGGAGUUGGAGCUGCGCGAGUUAAAGUUGGGCAAAAGGGGGGUGAGAGGAUGCUGCAGAACAGUCUACGAUCUAAUUAACAUAGCCUCUGCGGAGAAACGUGUUCUAAGUGAAGGAUGAUUUGCAAAAUACUGAGCAUAAGCCUCUUAUUUUUGGGUUUUCAAGAUUGCUCAUCACGAGAAUGUGUCGAUCCGCUGGUGUCUGGGCUGUAUGCCUCCUCCUUCCUGGCCUCCUCCAGAUAUAACUUCCUCUACUCUGCUAAUUUUGCCAAAUUGUAUGGAAGCAGCGGCUGGUCCCCUUCCCCCAGGGACAGACAGCCAUGGCUGCAGGUAGACCUUGGCAGGAAGUAUCGACUGGUGGCCAUCGCUACCCAGGGAACCUUCAACUCCUAUGACUGGGUCACUAAGUACACCCUGCUCUAUGGAGAUCGACCUGACUCCUGGACCCCCUACAUCAUGAAAGGAGGCAACUCGACAAUGCCUGGGAACUGGAACUACUAUCAGGUGAAGAGGAAUGUCUUCCAUUACGCCUUCACUGCUAAACACAUUCGUCUGCUGCCUCUGGCGUGGAACACUGAGAAUGGAGGGAAGAUCGGUGUGCGGCUCGAGCUGUUUGGCUGCUCCUACGACUCCUAUGUCCUUCAGUACAAUGGGGAUGACUCAGUGGUCUACAUGUACCCAGGAGACAGGUCCCGCACGCUACAGGACCACAUUGCCAUAAACUUUAAGACCCUGGAGCAGGAUGGUCUGCUUUUACACAGUGAAGGGGUCCAAGGAGACCUUUUCACUUUGGAACUGAAGAAAGGGCGGCUUUAUCUCCACAUUAGCCUUGGAAGCAGCACAGUGCACAAAGUAGAUGGUCGCACCACACUGACCGCAGGCAAUAUUCUUGACGACCAACACUGGCACUAUGUUACCAUCAAACGUUACGGUCGACAGGUGAACUUCACCGUGGACAGUCAGACAGUGACAGCCAUUUGCAAUGGAGAAUUCACCCACCUUGAUCUGGACAAACAGUUAUAUGUAGGUGGUGUAAUAGAGAGCAACAUGCCUCACCUCCCCACCACGCCAAAUUUCCGAGGCUGCUUGGAGAACGUCUUCAUCAAUGGGAUCAACAUCAUUGACAUGGCCCAGAGAGAAGAACCAGAGAUCCGCAUCCCACGAAAGAAAAAGAUGCAUUAUGCCUGUCGUGACAUUCUGCUCAAACCCAUGACGUUCGCCGGACCCAACAACUACCUGCAGGUGCCAGGCUUCUUCAGGAGGCCUCGUAUGUUUGUCAAGUUUAAGUUCCGGUCCUGGGACUACACUGGGCUGCUGAUGUUUACGCGCUUUGCCGAUGACCUGGGCGCUCUGGAGCUGGGCCUGAGCGAGGGACAAGUCAACGUCACGAUAUUCCAGCCUAACAAAAAGAAACUGCAGUUUGCUGCAGGAUACAGAUUGAAUGAUGGCUACUGGCAUACAGUGGAUCUUGCAGCCAGAGACAACCUGCUGACCCUCACCAUUGACGAAGAGGAGGGCUCUCCACUGAAGAUCACCAAUCCCUUCACAAUUCGGACAGGGGACCGCUACUUUUUUGGAGGGUGUCCCAAAACCAACAACACAAUACGGAAAUGUGAGACCAAGCUAAACCACUUCCAUGGCUGCAUGCAGCAAAUCUACAUAGACAACGAGCAGCUUGAUAUUGACAUUAUACUGCAGCGCCAGUGGGGGCGCUAUGCUGAGCUGUUGUUAGGCACCUGCGGCAUCACUGACAGAUGUACACCAAAUCCAUGCGAACAUGAAGGCAGAUGUAUUCAGUCCUGGGAUGACUUCAUUUGCAUUUGUGAGAACACAGGCUAUAAAGGGGAAGUCUGUCACAUGUCGGUGUACAAAGAGUCAUGCGAGGCUUACAGGCUCGAUGGCAAAUAUUGGUCAGGCAACUACACCAUCGAUCCUGAUCUCAGCGGACCCCUGAAACCGUUUGAAGUGUGGUGCAAAAUGAAGUCGUAUAAGGCUUGGACAGUGAUUAUGCAUGACCGUGUGAGUGGCACCAAGGUGACUGGGAGUUCAAUAGACCAGCCGUUCAUAGGAGAGGUCAACUACUGGAAUGCUUCCUGGGACAGUGUCACCGCUCUGGCGAACACCUCCAUGUACUGCGAGCAGUGGAUCGACUACUCCUGCUACAAGUCCCGCCUCCUGAACACACCCAAUGGGAGACCUUUUGGUUACUGGAUUGGUCGCAACAAUGAGAGUCACUAUUACUGGGGUGGAGCGUUCCGGGAGGUCCAGAAGUGUGGCUGCUCUGUCAACCAAACCUGCACUGACCCCAAGUUUCAGUGCAACUGUGAUGCUGACUACAGACAGUGGUACUCAGACAAGGGCUACUUGGACUUCAGAGACCACCUGCCUGUUAGGAAGGUGGUGGUAGGCGACACCAACAGGGUCGGCUCAGAAGCACACUUCACUGUAGGGCCCCUCCGUUGCCAUGGCGACAGAAACACCUGGAACACGAUAGCCUUCACCAAGCCCACCUACAUCACCUUCCCCACCUUCAGGCCCGGCUCCAGCGCUGACAUCUCCUUCCAUUUCAAAACCUAUCGCAGCAACUGUGUCUUCCUGGAAAACUCUGAUGAUCAGCUUCGUAACUUCAUACGCAUAGAACUCAAUACCACUCAUAAUCUUGCAUUUGUAUUCAUGGUCGGAGAUGGCAUCCUUAAUGUGACACUGAAGUCUCCCGUGCCACUCAAUGAUAAUGAAUGGCACUUUGUCCAUGCUGAGAUCAAUGUGAAGCUGGCCCGGAUCAAGGUCGAUUACCAACCUUGGGCUGUCAAACGUUUUCCGGGUCAGACUUUUGUCACCAUGCAGUUUACACAUCCGAUCCUUGUAGGCGCAGCGAACCGCACCCUGAGGCCUUUCCUGGGCUGUAUUCGGGGGUUACGGAUGAAUGGUGUCCCUCUGGAUCUAGAGAGCAAAGUAAAUGAAGAGCAAGGUAUACGGAGGAACUGUACUGGCGAGUGUCUCAAUGCUAGCAUACCAUGUCGCAAUGGCGGUCAGUGCAUGGAAGGCUACGCUUCCUACACGUGUGACUGUAACAACACAGCGUUCGAUGGUUUCUAUUGCCACAGAGAUAUUGGAGCCUACUUUGAGAUUGGCUCAUGGCUAAGGUACAACAUACGAAAGAAGCCCAUAUCAGACGAGGCGGCAUGGGCCAACUGGAUUGAUCCGCACUACGACAACUUCAGCCUCGGCUACAACGACACAGCUGAUGACAUCGAGUUCAGUUUCAGCACCCUUCACACUCCAGCCGUGUUGCUGUACAUCAGCUCCUUUGUACAGGACUACAUGGCUGUCAUCCUCAAGAAUGACGGUAGCCUUGAUCUGAGGUAUAAGUUAGGACUGAUAACCCAUAAAUACCAGCUGACUCACAGAAACCUGGCAGAUGGAUACCCGCACUACGUUAACAUAACCAGACACAACAGGACCAUCAAGACACAGGUCGAUUACAUGGAGCCCAUAGUGGAAAAGAUAACCUUAGUGGAGGAUGCCAGGUUUGACUCUCCCAAGUCCAUGUUCCUGGGCAGAGUAAUGGAGGUCGGUGACAUUGACUAUGAGAUCCAGAGGCACAACGCUCCCGGCUUUAUCGGCUGCAUAUCUGGGGUGAGGUACAACGUCUACGCCCCUCUGAAGGCUUUCUUCCGGCCAAAUGAAACGGACCCCCCGGUAACCACGCAAGGCUACGUCUCCGAAUCCAACUGCGGUGCCUUCCCUCCUAUCUUGGGUUACGUACCGUGGGAGGUGGACCCCUGGUUCACUGGCAUAGAAUAUUUCUAUAUCCACGAUGAUCUGGGCUUGUUUUGGAUAACAGUCAUUGUCCUCAUGGCGGUGUUGCUGCUGUUCGGCGGCUUGUACAGCAUCUACAUCUACGUGUACCAGCAGAAGGGCAGCUACCACACCAACGAACCCAAGAACCUGGAGUCCCCGAGCAGCUCCAGGCCGCUGACCGAGACCCUGAGGAGAGAAAAGAAGAACCUCCCAGAAAUUGAAGAGGAUUUCAGGAGCGAAUAGCCUCAUGGGACC